AUGCAUGCGAAUUCUAGUUCUUCACUAAGAACUGAAAACCCACAGGAUCAUCCAGAGAUGAUUCUCAAGGAAAAUCCUGAAGAUCAAACAGUUUUGCGGGGUAAUGUUUCAAUUCAAGCUUUGGAUUCUUCACCAUGUGGAGGAAGAGGAGGCAGUGGCCGACAGUAUCGGGUUGCCCGACGUAAAAUAUCCCGGUUACCUGGUAACAACAUUAAUCUAAACAUAAGAAGAUCUCAUUCGGGAGCUAGAAGUUCUUCAAUCAAAAGUCAACAUGGAUUGAACACGAAAUACAAGGAGAACAUUUUAAUAGGCAGGUGCCCUGCCUCCCUCGUUGAUUCAACAAGACCCCAGAGAAGUGCUACAUCUACUUAUGAUUGGGAUCAGAAUUUGCUGCCCACUUCAGCAACUGAUUUGCCUGUUGUUAAUCAAGAAAAUGAAGCUCGAAAUUUGCCAAAUGGGCACAACCAUGGUUAG